GUAUUAAUCUUCCGUUUCCCCAACAUUGACAACCGGAGAUUUGGGUUGACAUAUUUUUAAUUUUUGUGAUAUUUUCUUAAAAUUAUUGUAGUGGAUAUCCUUGAAGACAGUAAACUAUAAAACGAUGUCUGAAGAUAAUAACGUAGAGGAAAAUAAUAUGGAUAAUAUAGAUGAUUCUGAUACGGUAACAUUAACUUUAAACGAGGUUUUGGAAUUGGAAGAUGAACUAAUAGAAAAUACAGCAGCUGUUCUUGGGGCUGCAAAUGAUAAAACAUGCUCCUAUGUAGAGGGGUACCUAAAAAGGCAAGCUUUAUACUCAUGCUUAACUUGCAUACCAGAAGCCAAAGAUGAUCCAGAAAAGGGUGCUGGAAUAUGCUUGGCAUGCAGUUACCAUUGCCAUGAUGGUCAUGAUCUUGUCGAGCUCUACACCAAGCGAAAUUUCAGAUGUGAUUGUGGAAAUAGCAAGUUCCCCAAUCUAGAAUGCAAUUUAUUCAGUGAAAAGAAUGAAGUCAACGAUUUGAAUAGUUACAACCAGAAUUUCUCAGGGUUCUACUGUGUAUGUCAUCGUCCUUAUCCUGAUGCUGAAGACCCAGUUCCUGAUGAGAUGAUUCAGUGUAUUAUCUGUGAGGAUUGGUACCAUACAAGGCAUUUGGGAACAGAAAUACCGUCCAACAAUUUUGCUGAAAUGAUCUGUGAAGCAUGUGUGAAAAAACACCAAUUCGUGCUACAUUAUGAUGAGCUUAUUAUGAAGUCCCAGAAGGAAGAUCAAGAGGAAGAAAUUGAUCCUCUCAGUCAGGAAGAAGCAUCUGGUGAAAAAGACGUCAACUAUUGCAAGAAACCAAAAGAGAAGUCGGAGAAGUUAUGUGCCAAAUUUUGGUCAGAUAUUAAUUGGCGCAAAGAGCUUUGCACCUGCGACAACUGUUUAAGGAUGUACGAGAAUGAAGAUGUGGCCUUUCUGUUGGAUCCCGAGGACCCUGUACAUUUGUACGAAGAAAAGGGCAAAGCCAAAGCGAAGGAGAUCGUUGAAAACCACGACAGGAAUUUCAUUAAUUCUCUGAACCGCGUCCAACUUGUCGAUUGCAUUGCUGGUUACAACGAUUUGAAACAGCAUCUUGGGGAGUACUUGAAGAAGUUCGCUGAGAAUAAAAAAAUCGUGAGGGAGGAGGACAUCAGGGAGUUCUUUGAGGGAAUGAAUGCCCGGAAGAAGCAGAAGGUGGAGGUGCCACAUUACUGUCGUUGAGUAAUGUCGUUUAUUAAAUUAUUCCAGUAAUUAUCUAAUUGUUAGGCUUCAAUUGUUUGAAAAAUAAAAUGUUUGUAAAGUGAGUAGAUUUUGAAUCAUUCUAUAUGUACCUAUAUGAAUAAAAUGCUGUCAAUAAAGUAUAAUUUCUU